CCGGAGUAUUUAAUGUGUGUGAAGCAGCUGAUGGCUGAGUUUCACGCUGAGACGGCAGAGCAGCUGGGCGACACUGAGGGACCGUUAUAGCGUCUGUUAUCGAGAAACUGAGGAUUAUUUAAGACUGACAGGCUCUGCUGGACAAAGCCCGCUAUAAGUUUACUCGUUCCUCGCUUGAACAUUUGGACCUUUUUCACGUUUUCACCUUAACUGUUGGAGAAAAACGGUAAGUUUAUGUCUGAAGCUUUCUGGAUGCUUUUCUUUGCUGUCGUUUAACUUUUCGCUUAGUCAGUUUAAAAUGUGUGCCGAAUUUAUCGCUGAUGUUCGUUCUUCGCAUUUUGACCGUUUUUCCUUUGAUGCGUGACUCUGAAUAAAUGGUUCAAUGUUAUUAAACUAGCGGCGCGCAUUUUGACAGCUGAGUUUCGCAUAUCUGCAGAAGUUCUCGCCUGUCUGGAGACUUUACUCAUACUGAAGCUCUGUGUUUAACUCUGCUCUGCAACCUUUACUUAUGUCUUUUAACCGCAUAUUCUGUUCUUAUUUUUUGAUAAAAUUACUACUUUUAAAACUGUUACGCAUGUUAAAUCCCGAGUUUUAAUACAUUUGAGUGAGUGUUUGCACUGCAGAUGUGUGUAGUGCUGUUUACUGAUGAAGGAUCUUUGCUUUCUAUUAUGUAAACUCGGGCUUUAAUCCAAAGAAAGCUAAACUAGCUGUUUUUUGAAUGGAGUCUGGCAUGCUUAACUGAUUCUCCUGCACUGUUGUAAUAUCAGAUGGUUUUUGAUGUUGUGGUCAUGUGCUUGGCUCAGGCUGACCUCCUGUUGUGUUUCUCAGGCCGCCGUCAUGCCGCCGGUGUUGAACAGCACAAACUACGAUUAUGACUACGACGUGGUCCAGCCCUACUUCUUCCUGAAUGGUGAAGAGGAAGACUUCUACCCUCCUCCACGCAGCCAGCUCCUGCCGGCUCCCAGCGAAGACAUCUGGAAGAAGUUCGAGCUGCUGCCUACACCUCCCUUGUCCCCCAGCCGGAGACCCUCCCUGUCUGCCGCCGACCACUUGGAGGCGGUGUCUGACCUCUUGGACGAUGACCACAGCUCCUCUGCAGCAUUUCUGCAAUCCUUCAUCAUCCAGGAUUGCAUGUGGAGCAGCAGCUUCGCCGCCGCCACAGAGCUGGAGAAGGUGGUGUCAGAGAGGCUGGCCUCGCUGCGGGCCCGCCGGGACUCCUGCAACACUAAGACCAUCACAGACAGAACAGCUGACGAGCAGGUGGGCGGGUCUCAAGUGAGCGCUGGGUACCUGCAGGACUUCCACACCUCGGUGACAGACUGCAUUGACCCCUCUGUGGUGUUCCUGGGUGAGAAGCAGAUGGAUGAUGGUGUGGCGAUGGAGGUGGGGUCUGAGCUGAGACUGGACUCGCCACCACCCAGCAGCAGUGACAGUGAAUCAGAAGAGGAAGAUGAUGAUGAGGAAGAGGAAGAGAUCGAUGUGGUGACAGUGGACAGGAGAAAGUCAUCUCGGCGGUCCCACACCUCCCCUCUGGUCCUCAAACGCUCUCACGUCAACAUCCACCAACACAACUACGCUGCCCAGCAACCCCCUGAGAAACGGGUGAAGGCGGAGAGCAGCAGCGCGGCACCGAGGCAGAGCGGCGGGCGCCGGUGCUGGAGCCCGAAAUCGGAGGGCGAGGACAACGACAAGCGCAGGACUCACAAUGUGCUGGAGAGGCAGCGGAGAAACGAGCUGAAGAUGAGCUUCAUGGUUCUGAGGGACGAGGUCCCAGCGGUGGCCAACAAUGAAAAAGCUGCGAAGGUGGUGAUCCUGAAGAAGGCGGCGGAGUUCAUCAUGGAGGUCAGAGAGCAGGAGAGGAAGCUGUUGGCAAAGAAAGAUGAACUGAGGAAGAGGAGCAGAGAGCUGAAGCAGAGGCUGCAGCAGCUCAGGACUUCACAUUAACAUCUGCUCAGUCGUUCUAGUUUCUUCACUUCAGGUUUUAAAGCUAAAAAUAAUGACCGACGUCACCUGAAUGCAGCACGCUGCCCGUGGGGCUCGCUGCUCGUCUGUAAUCAGGUUUUCUGUUUUUUAUUUAUUUUUGUUUUUAUUGACUAUUUUAAUUUAAAGUAGUUUUUCAAACAUUCCAGUUUAUGAGGCGACAAUGUGAAUAAAUAUGUGUCAUAACUUUAAUUUACAGCUGAUGAUGAACAAUAAUUUAAUUCACUAUAUUUAAUCUGUUCACUCCCUAAAGCUUUUGUAUUUUUAAUUUCAGAGUUUAUUUUUAUAUAUAUUGUUUUUGUUCAAAAGCUUUUUUGCACUAAAAGUACAUCAGAAGUGUUUUCAUCCCUUCAGAAUAAAAGCCCUUCACAUGUUGGAGCUUC